AUGGCUAGAGCGGCGUGUGGGUGGCUCCGCACGGCUUCCGGUACCAAGGGCAGGACUUCCGGGGCGGGCGGCCCAGGCUGGAGGAGGAGUGUCCGACAGUUGGCGCGACCCGGAGGGCGGGCAGGCGGCUCAUGGGGGUGCGGGCCGGCAGGGCCAGGCCCAUCAUGCAAAGCCACUAGAUGUGCGAAUUCUCAGUUCCUGGCAUACAGUGAGCACUCCUGAGGACCUGCUCCAUGGGCUUCAGAAUCAGAGAGAACUUGCUUUUCAGUCUCAGAAAGGCUCCAAGAAGCAGGGUCAAGGCCAGGGAGACGAUGGUCUCAGUGACUAUGGCCACUUCCGAGUGGAUCCAGUUCUUCAAGGAAGCCGGCAUUCCCCCAGGACCUGCUGUUAAUUACGCUGUGAUGUUUGUGGAUAAUCGGAUCCAGAAGAGCAUGCUGCUAGAUCUCAAUAAGGACAUCAUGAACGAGCUGGGCGUGACCGUAGUGGGUGACGUCAUUGCCAUCCUCAAGCAUGCCAAGGUGGUACACCGCCAGGACGUAUGCAAAGCCGCCACGGAGUCGGUACCCUGCGGCCCCAGCCCCCUCCAGGGUGAGCUUCGCCGUGGAGCCUCUAGUGCCGCUUCUCGAAUGAUCACCAACAGCCUGAACCAUGACUCUCCACCACACACUCCCCCACGGCGCUCAGACACCGGUACCUCCAAGAUCUCUGUCACCGUGUCCAACAAGAUGGCAGCAAAGAAUGCCAAGUCUACUGCAGCGCUGGCGCACAGGGAAGAGGAGAGCCUGGCUGUCCCCACCAAGCGGCGGCGGGUCACAGCUGAGAUGGAGGGAAAGUACAUCAUCCACAUGCCCAAGGGGACCACACCUCGGACCCGCAAGAUCCUGGAGCAGCAGGCUGCCAAAGGUCUCCACAGAACCUCCGUGUUUGAUCGCCUUGGCGCGGAGACCAGAGCAGACACGACGACGGGAACCAAGCCCACGGGAGUUUUCAGCCGCUUAGGGGCCACCCCAGAGAUGGAUGAGGAUCUGGCCUGGGACAGUGACAAUGACAGCAGCAGCUCUGUCUUGCAGUAUGCUGGGGUCCUGAAGAAGUUAGGACGGGACCCAGCCAAGGCCAGUCCCCAGCCAGCACUGACUGUCAAAGCCAAGGCCACAAGCUCUGCAAGCACAACAGCCACCACUCCAAAGCUGCGGCGCCUGGCACCUCCCUCUCGCCCUGGGCUGGAGAAGAAGUCGGAGUCCCUGCCCAAAGUCAGCGUCCUUCAGAGACUGGGCAAGGCUGCCAUUGUGUCUGAGGCACAGGACAGCCAGGUCACAAGCACCAAGAGUAAGUCCUCAGCUGAGGUCAAGUUCGCCAUUAGGAGGACUCUGGUAGGGCCCCGGGGGAACAGCUCCAGCGAGAGCCUUGGUGCCCAGAUGGACCAUGCAGGCACUGUGAGCGUGUUCAAAAGACUGGGCCGAAGGACCUUCUAGCCGCACACGGGUGGGGUGCAGCACGGAAGGGCAGGCAGGCGGGCUCCUGCUUCCAUCCCUUCCAGCCUUUCUCGAAGGCUCGCCUGUCCUCCCUCCCAGCCCUAGAUGACACAAGGCUUGGCUCUCUCUGGCAUUCAUGCUGGUUCCAGGCACUUGGGGACACAGGCAGUUUUCCUGGUCUUCGAUGUUCCUGUGGCCUGAUCUUGCCUGCUCUGGGACUCUCCUCCUUUCCUGCCUUCUGUCCUCUGUGCACUAACUGUGGCCUUGGCAGAUUCCCCUUUUCUACCUCUCCCCAAAGCCAGGUGCCCUGCCCUUUUCGUGUAGUCCACUCCCUUCAGCAGCACCUGCUGCCUGGUGCCCUCUUGUCCUGGCUGCCCCACCACAGAGCUGUGUCUGGAGGGAGCCCUUCCCCCACCUGUGACACCCCUCCCUCGGCCGCCCCUCCCCCACCUGCUGUGGCAUCUCCUCUCUUCACUCUUUUCACUUCUCUUCUGUUUUCUGUCCCUGUGGCAAGGCCCGACCGUCCGCUGCAUCCUGUCCGACCCUCCUGCACCCCUGGCCUCCCAGCGGCCCCCUCGUCGACGGUGGCGUCGAGCCUGUAAAGACUGUUAGCUGCUUCCAGUCCCAGGCUGGAGGGACCCCCCAGACCUCGGCCUGCAACUGGGGCACCUCCGUUUCCCUACCCUGGCCGUCUUUUUCUUUGGUGGGUGGUGGGCAGCAGACAUGGGGAAGGGAAGGGGUGCUGAGGAAAGGUGACAGCUAUUUUAAUAUAUUUUUGUGACUUGCAAA